AUGACAUGCACUAGCAAUUGUCUCCUUAAACGAACCCUGCACCCGCCUUCUCGAGCUCAUCCCACUCUGACUGAGCUCCACUGCGCCGCCGCUUACUCCACCGUAGACCUCCCUGACAACGCUUUAUCAUCUGAUCACGUGUUCUCACCGGAGGUUUCCGAGAACCGUAGAUUUCAAUUAUCCGUGCUCAAGUCCACAAUCAGUUCCGUGAGCCGCCGACUUGUGAGUUUCGAAAUCUCCAUACACGAGCGCACGACCCGUUCAAUCACCCUCGUAUUCAAUUUCUUCCACGGGACAACCAGCCGUCGAUUUUCUGUCAAACAUAAUAUAUCAAUUAGGAGUUGGGACGCGAUGAACGACUCGAUGAAGCAAUUCCAACAAGGACUCAUUGAGGUCGAAAUUGAAGCUGAAAAUCUUUUGUUGGCACGGCAUGAGUUAGUUGAAAUUGACCGAGUGAGGAAUGGGAACAGGGAAGCUUUAACAGCACUAAGAAAGAGGGCCAGGACAACUAAAACCAGUGUCCCUUUGCCUUUUGAGUCGAUAAUGAGGGAUGUGGAUUCAAGGCCACUAGUCAAAGAGGUCUGUACAACUUGUGGUGAUCACAAUUCCAGGGAGAAAACAUUAUUAAUGUUCCCAGGAACUGAUCUAUUUGCAAGCAUACCGUUUCAUGCUGUUCAUACCAUAUUGGAGAAAGAUCAAGCGCGCCUGGAUUUUGAUUCCAAGAAACUCCAGAGCUACGUGAAAGAGAAAUCCUUCUUGAUUUCAGAAAAAGGAGCUCUAGCUGACAAGAUCAGUCCUGGUGUGCUGAGAUCUAUGGUGACCUUAACGGACAAACCAAAGGUUGAGGAGAGAGAUUGA